AUUUUAAUAAACAUAACCUAAAAAGGCUACGUCAACAAUUGUUGUCAAAAUGUCACGUCAGCAGCAAGAUGUGGACGAAUUAUUCGAUAUUAAAAACUAUUUUUAUAUUGGAAAUUAUCAACAAUGUAUAAACGAGGCAACAAAACUCAGAAAGCCAUCCACCCCAGAAGUGGCCAUUGAAAGGGAUAUCUUUACAUAUAGAUCCUACAUGGCGCAAAACAAAUUCUUAGUGGUGUUAGAUGAGAUACAUGGAGCCUCUCCUGAAGAAAUUCAACCACUUAAAUUACUUGCUGAAUAUCUGCACAAUAAACAAAAAAGGGAAUCUGUUGUAGCUCAACUUGAACAAAAGUUAUCAGGCAGUGGAAAUAUCAAUGACACUCUUGUGUUGGUUGCUGCUACCAUUUACCAGCAUGAAGGCAAUUUUGAGGCUGCAUAUAGAGUCUUGCAUUCAUCUGAAAGUUUAGAGGCAAUGAGUUUCAUUGUUGAUAUUUUGUUAAAGCUUGACAGAAUUGAUUUGGCUAGAAAGAAAUUAAAGGAAAUGCAAGACAAGGAUGAUGAUGCUACAUUGACUCAAUUAGCACAAGCUUGGAUCAAUAUUGCAGCAGGUGGUGAAAAACUGCAAGAUGCCUAUUACAUUUAUCAAGAAUUAGUGGACAAAUAUGGAUCAACACCUUUAUUGUUAAAUGGACAAGCAGUAACAUUUAUUGGACAAGCAAAGUAUGAGGAAGCAGAAGCUGCUUUACAAGAAGCUUUGGACAGAGAUGCUAAUUAUGCUGAUACUCUUAUUAACAUGAUUGCAUUGAACAGACAAAUUGGCAAAGCUCCUGAGAUUGCAAAUCGUUAUUUGUCUCAAUUGAAGGAUGCUCAUUCAGACCACCCCUUUAUUAAAGAUUUGAAUCAAAAAGAAAAUGAAUUUGAAAGAAUAUGUCAGCAGUAUGUACCAACAGUUUCUGUUGUUCCAGAAUGAGUAUUAGUUUUAAUUAUGUAAUAUAGGUAUACCAUUAAAAAUAAAAUUUUAUAACUAA